UUAUUGAAUAACCAGUAGGUCAGACAUUGUAAAACCUUACGCUUGCUUUUUGACAUUUCACUCCUCCUCUCAAGCCUCGAGGUAAGCAAGAGAGAUAUGAUGAAUCCGAGUCACGGAAGAGGACUCGGAUCGGCUGGUGGGUCUAGCUCCGGUAGAAAUCAAGGCGGUGGUGAGACCGUCGUCGAGAUGUUUCCUUCUGGUCUUCGAGUUCUUGUCGUUGACGAUGACCCAACUUGUCUCAUGAUCUUAGAGAGGAUGCUUAGGACUUGUCUUUACGAAGUAACGAAAUGCAACAGAGCUGAGAUGGCAUUGUCUCUGCUCCGGAAGAACAAACAUGGAUUUGAUAUAGUAAUCAGUGAUGUUCAUAUGCCUGACAUGGACGGCUUCAAGCUCCUUGAGCAUGUUGGUCUAGAGAUGGACUUACCUGUUAUCAUGAUGUCUGCGGAUGAUUCGAAGAGUGUGGUUCUAAAGGGAGUAACGCAUGGUGCGGUUGAUUACCUCAUCAAGCCUGUACGUAUGGAGGCACUUAAGAACAUAUGGCAGCAUGUGGUUCGGAAGAGAAGGAGUGAGUGGAGUGUACCGGAACAUUCUGGGAGCAUUGAGGAGACUGGCGAGAGACAGCAGCAGCAACAUAGAGGAGGUGGUGGUGGUGCAGCUGUUUCUGGUGGCGAGGAUGCGGUGGAUGAUAACUCUUCCUCGGUUAACGAAGGGAACAACUGGAGGAGCAGCUCACGGAAGCGGAAAGACGAGGAAGGAGAAGAGCAAGGGGAUGAUAAGGACGAAGAUGCGUCGAAUUUGAAGAAACCGCGUGUUGUCUGGUCUGUUGAAUUGCAUCAGCAGUUUGUUGCUGCUGUUAAUCAGCUCGGCGUUGAAAAGGCUGUUCCUAAGAAGAUCUUGGAGCUGAUGAACGUUCCUGGGCUAACUCGAGAAAACGUAGCCAGUCACCUCCAGAAAUACCGGAUAUAUCUAAGACGGCUUGGGGGAGUAUCUCAGCACCAAGGCAAUCUAAAUAACUCGUUUAUGACGGGUCAAGAUGCGAGCUUCGGACCUCUUUCGACAUUGAAUGGGUUUGAUCUUCAAGCGCUAGCUGUCACAGGUCAGCUACCUGCUCAGAGCCUUGCACAGCUUCAAGCUGGUUUGGGCCGGCCUGCGAUGGUCUCUAAGUCAGGUUUGCCGGUUUCCUCCAUUGUGGACGAGAGAAGCAUCUUCAGCUUUGACAACACGAAAACAAGAUUCGGGGAGGGGCUUGGUCAUCACGGGCAACAACCCCAACAGCAACCGCAGAUGAACUUACUUCACGGUGUCCCGACAGGUUUACAACAGCAGCUUCCUAUGGGUAAUCGAAUGAGUAUUCAACAACAGAUUGCUGCUGUUCGAGCCGGACAUAGUGUUCAAAACAACGGAAUGCUGAUGCCUCUAGCGGGUCAACAGUCUUUGCCUCGGGGACCACCGCCAAUGCUAACCUCGUCGCAAUCAUCCAUCAGGCAGCCGAUGUUAUCAAACCGCAUUCCUGAGAGGAGCGGUUUCUCUGGAAGGAACAAUAUCCCCGAGAGCAGCCGAGUGUUACCGACAGGUUACACCAACCUCACAACACAACACUCAUCAAGCGCGAUGGCAUAUAACAACUUCCAACCAGAACUCCCCGUGAACAGUUUCCCGCUAGCAAGUGCACCAGGCUUAUCAGUUCCGGUUAGGAAAGCCACUUGUUACCAGGAAGAGGUUAACAGCUCCGAAGCAGGUUUCACCACCCCGAGCUACGACAUGUUCACCACCAGGCAGAACGAUUGGGAUCUGCGGAAUAUUGGAAUAGCCUUUGACUCACAUCAGGAUGCAGAAUCCGCUGCGUUUUCUGCUUCAGAAGCUUACUCUUCUUCAUCAAUGUCAAGAAACAACACGACAGUUGCAGCCACAGAGCAUCAUGGCCGGAACCACCAGCAGCCACCUCCAGGAAUGGUGCCGCACCAUCAGGGUUAUGCAGAUGGAAACAGUGGUUCAGUGAGGGUUAAAUCAGAGAGAGUGGCUGCAGAUACAGCAGCAAUGGCGUUUCACGAGCAGUAUAGUAAUCAAGAAGAUCUUAUGAGCGCACUUCUUAAGCAGGAAGGGAUUGCACCAGUUGAUGGAGAAUUCGACUUUGACGCAUACUCGAUCGAUAACAUUCCGGUUUGAUUAGAUAAAAAACCGAUAAACCGGAGGGACUAUCGGGAUUUGUAUUGUAUCAUUUUACACGACGAUCUACUUAAAUUUGUUUGAUAUAUGUAUAGUCUGCAUGAAAUUUUAAAUGGCAGAUUAUAUACGAAAUUAUUAUUCAUGCUUAGGGGUUAAUUUCCUUGGAGAUUCUUUUGUUCCUCAUCUAUGUAGUGAGGCUGUUUAGGGGUUUUGAUUUUCUAACUUGCGAUAAUAAGACGUCUCUUAGUGU